GAUCUUCAUCACUUUGUGGGCUUCUGAUGAUCCUACAUGACGGAGUGAUGGAGAGCAUCCGGCCUAUUAUCAAUGUAAUGGGGCUCCAUCCUGUACAUGUUCCGGCACGUCAAACACUUCUGUCAAACAGUUUCGUUUCUCCUGUCGCGCCCCUUUUUUUGUAACCACACUCUCAUACUGCGGAUUUCCAACUACAAGACUCCGAAAGCGUGACAAAGUAUUCCGCCUGUCCCGUGACGGCUUUAAAGCAUCCUCACCAGAGUACUACAUGUGCUCUCACCUACGAUGAACGGUCAAUAUCGUCAGGACGCGGCCGUGGCGGACACUCGAAAGCCGAAUGGCGAGAAACGGGACGAGUCAACCAAUUCGAACUCUUCAGAAAGCUACAACGGCUCUGUGGGCAAUGGCAUUGCCCCGCAAGGGUCGACGGGGUCAUGGCACGCCCUCGAGGAGAAACAGGCGACGGUAGGAGACCGCGAGGCAGGCGUCCAAGCCCAGAAUAUCUUCAGCAAUGGCGGUAAAAACUACCGCACCGUGGGACGCUGGAUGUCCGGGAUCCUCCUUAUCACCAACCAGGUCGGCAUCGGCAUCCUCUCGCUUCCCGGUACAUUGCCAACACUGGGAAUUGUGCCCGGAGUCAUCGCCAUCAUAGGGAUCGGCCUCCUGUCGACGUACACGGCCUACGUGCUCCUCCAGUUUUACCGCGCCCACCCGCACGUCGUCAACAUGGCCGACAUGGCCAGAGUGGUCGGCGGGCGCCCGCUCGAGGCCAUCGUUGCCGUCGGCCUGCUCAUCAAGUUCUGCUUCACCUGCGCCUCGGCCACCGUGACCCUCUCGGUCGCCCUCAACAGCAUUACCGACCACGCCCUAUGUACCGUGGCCUUCAUGGCCGUCGCCUUCGUCGCCUUUUGGCUGCUGAGUCUGCCGCGCCGCUUUUCCUUCGUGGCCAAGAUGGGCAUCCCCGGAACCUUAUCCGUCGUUAUCCCCGUCUUCAUCGUCAUCAUUUCCCUCGGCGUAGGGAAUCCUCAGGGCGCAGAACCCGGCUUUACUCCCCAACGAAACAUCGUCGGGUACCCGGGCUUCCGCGACGGCCUCGGCGCCUGCCUGAACAUCGCCUAUGCCUAUGCCGGGAACGCCGGUUUCGUAACAUACAUGGUUGAGAUGGAGGACCCGUCGCACGACUUCCUCCCCGCCCUCAUCAUCCUCCAGGGCUUCUCCAUCCCGCUCUACAUCCUUGCCGCGGUGGCUAUUUACUGCUUGGCGGGACAGUACACCACCAGCCCGUCGCUGGGCUCGGCCCCUCUGAUCCUGGCGAAAGUAGCAUACGGCAUCCUCCUGCCCGGGAUGCUCGUGACGGGCCUCAUCUUCGGGCAUUCGGCCGUCAAAUACCUUUACGUCUUGGUCAUGCGCCGGCUCAACGCCACGGACCAGCUGACGGCCCCGACGUUCAAAUCGUGGUCCGUCUGGGUAGGCUGCGCGACCCUCUUCUGGGUCUGCGUCUUCAUACUCGCCAACGCCAUCCCCAUCUUCGACUCCAUCCUCGCCAUCUCCUCGGCUGCCUUGAUCGCCUGGUUUACCUUCGGCAUCAGCGGCGUCUUUUGGCUGCACCUCAACAGGGGCCGCUACUUCUUAAAUCGGCGCAAGAUCUGCCUAACGGCCCUCAACGUUUUCACCGUGGCCCUUGCUCUCUUUAUGAACACGGCCGGCCUGUGGGCUGCCAUUCUUGGGCUCCUGGACACGUUCCAAAGUGACGAGAAUAAUAUUCGCGGGCCCUUCAGCUGCGCGGAUAACGGAAUCCUGUGAACCGACCGGAGCUUUUUGUAGGGCCUCAGAUUUACCGACGCGGCAUGUUUCUACCCAGAACCAGUCAAUCUGGUGGUUCUAUAUCCAUAUACCUAGGGCGGCGUGUGUAUGGCUUUUCCUACACGAGCAAUUUCCCGAUCCCCCUCGUACCGAGUACGCGAACCCCCAUUUUCCCU